AUGGCCGCUAACGAUCCGAUUGUCCAAUCAUCCUUACCACUCGAUGUCGUCGCUCACAAUGCCACCGUAAUUGUAAGCGGUGUGCUUCUAGGAGCACUGCUUGCGUUUAUUACUUUUCACUUGGGCUGGCUACGCCACUAUAUCCGUCUGAACGAUCGGUUGAUCAACGCCAUCUUCCCACUGGGACCACAAGUCUUUUUCUUUACCUUACCGUUGUGGUUUAUUGUGACAUUACCUUCUGCCGUGCGCUUUUCAGUGAUGGCAGCGGAAUACGCUACUGCGCUUUAUCAGUCAUGGAUUCCUUAUGCAUCCUCAGCUCCGGAGUACAAUGUCAUUCUCGAGAGCACUAUCGAGAUCCCCGCUCAAAUGACCGAGACACCCACUUGA